UAAGAAUAGUGCUCUCGUUGCACCGCCAACAAGUUCUUGGGGCACGGUCACGGACCAAUUUUCCCUCUCUCGUUUCUGUUUAUUUCGAAAUCAGGAUACUUACACAAGAUGAGCAUCGCGAAGCGCAAAAGCACGUCGCGCAGUCGCAGUACCUCAAAGCGCGCCGUGGUUGCGAAGACGGAUCCACCAGCCACUAUUGCAGGCACUAGCACCUCGUCUCCGACGAUGCUUGGGUGGCUACUGAUGGUGGUGGAGGCGGUGCUUCAUACCGCGGGGUACGUGUGGAUGAUCAUUCUCGCCAAGUUGCUCAUGAGCUCUUCUAUGCCCUUUCCGCUAUUUCUGAUCUUCACGGACCAAAUCAUGUCCCUCUGUACCAUCCUCACAAUGCGGAAACUGACGCUCAAUAAGAACGACGGGCGCACGACUACAGAUAGCAAGCCCAAGGAGGUGAACGCCCUCGGGCUGACGGCCUUUGGUUUCUUGCGCGAAGUGGCGCCGAUGAGUUUGAUGACCAUUGGAACUGGCACCUGCGGAAUGGGGUCCAAUUUGUUUCUUUUCCCGUCUGUCACCGAGGGGGUCUCCAUGGCGCUUCCGGUCUUUCAGGUGCCGCUUUCGAUCCUGUUCGUGCAAGGCCGAGAAAAUUUCGACUUCUGGAAGAGUCUGCCGAUGCUCCUAUCGUUGGUGCCGCUCUGUUUCGGCGGCGUACUUAGUUCCGCGGGCGAAGUCAACUUCCACGCGUUGGGUAUGUUUUUCGCGCUCGCCGCCCUGGCGUUUCGCGCACUCCGUAUGCUCUUUACGUCUGUCGUCGUGAAGCGCCGCCACGGCCAGUGCCAGAAGCGUGUGGUGCUCGACCUGGCCCUCUCGAUUAUGCCCUUCAACAUGGUCGCCGUCCUGAUGCUUUCGGCGUGGCUGGAAGGCGCCAAGCCAUGGCAGAUAGUGUACGAGAGCACUGCUGCAUUUUUGAAAAACCCACAGUUCAACGCCGCAAGCGUAGUAGAUCCGGACUCGAGCAAGGAUUUUCGCAUUUUCGGCGGUUCGGUGGUCAUCCCGGUGCUGCUGCUGAUCCUGUGCAAGGGCGCUUGCACGGCCACGUGGUAUGUGACAGAGUGCCUGCUCAUCGAAAAGCGGGGAAGCGUUUUUUGUUCGGUGAUCGCGAACCUGAAUCGGGUUUGCUGCAUCGCGACCGGCCUGGUGAUGUUUCAAAAUCCCGUUUCGCCGGUGCAGAUGAUCGGUUUCGUCCUCACGAUAGGAGGCUUGUUUGCCUAUUCACGGGCGACCGCCGGAGCUGCCGAGAGCGCAAGUCCAGAGGCGGAGACGAAAAACAAGAACCAAUAAAGUAAGUGCCGCCCAAACUCAUUUUCAAUCUUUCUACUAGUCUGAACAAGAUUUUCCGCAUGCGCUUGUUUUAUCUCGUGCGCUGUUGUUGAACUACGGACAACCCAAUUUUCUGAACCAGUUCGAUGUUUCUUCAUCUGUGCGCUUGCCGCGACGUGCGCUUGUUGCAAAUCCCGAUUGCAUCUUGAUGAUUCAUCAUUUUCGAACUCAAAGACUCGCAUUCCAAGAAGUAGAAGUUUGCCGUAGAAAAACUGGGUAAAUUUGGAGCUUAAUUCGGAUUUGGCCUAGUCCUAGGUUUUCGGGACGAAAUGGACAUCUCGUGAGAU